AAAAGAAGGCCGCUCUUAUUCAAGAUAAGAGCUAGUAAAACAUUUGUAUUUUGGACUGCUGCUGUUGGUCUUUUUACUAGCACAUUCGUGCACUCAAUACUGUUUCCAUUAUCUCCAUUCAUCGUCGCUCGUAUACGAAAUUUGGAUAAAGAUGGGACGGAUUAUGCUACGUCCGCGGGCAUUACUGAAAAUAUAGAGAUGACUUCUCAUGAUACAGGCAUUUUAGUAGCUCUUUAUGCGGUCGGACUAUUAUGUGGAUCACCCAUUUUUGGUUAUCUGGGAGAUCGAAUUAAGCAAAGAAGACUGCCGAUGCUAUUAGGCACUGGAGCCUCAAUGGCUGCUAACGUUUUAUUUAUGGUUAGUACUACCUAUCCUAUGCUAUUGGUAGCUCGUUUUUUACAAGGUGCCUCUAAUGCUUGUGUCUGGACAAUGUGUCUAUGCCUAAUAGCUGAAAAUUGGCCCAAAGAAGAACUCGGCGUACAAAUGGGAAAAUUAGUAGGUUUUUAUCCGUUAGGCAUGAUGGUUGGGUUGCCUGUUGGUGGUAAGGCUUUCCCUAUAUUGUAUAGUGAAUUAGGACAUGCAGCGCCGUUUAUUGCAUCCAUGUGCUUGAGUGGUUUAGACAUGAUCAUGCGUCUUAUUUUGAUUGAGCGCUCAAGUGCGCCUCCUGAAUGGUUUUCCCAAGAUACAAAACCCGUCAUGUCGAUGCGUAUGGCUCAAGAAUGGGGCUUUGAUGCAGCUGGCUGUAGUCUUAUCGUUCUUGCUUUCAUGAUUCCGUCCAUUAUUGCUAGUCCCAUUUGCGGUUGGCUAUGUGAUCGUUAUGGUACGAAAAUUGUCGCUCUCGUCGCUUUGACUCUUGCUACACCCUCUUGCAUUAUGAUUGGCUAUCCAAAUGCGCAACACGGUCCUUUCUGGUUGUUAAUUCCUGUACUUACCAUGGGCGGUAUCAAUAUUUCAGCUUGCCAAGCCGCAGUCUACCCUGAGAUUGCGAAAGUUGUAGAGAAAGAAAACAAGAACCCCGCGCAUUCGUCUGACGGCCUAGCGAGGAGUUAUUCUCUUUUUAACGCCGCUUAUGCGAUC